GGAUCAGCUGACUCGCCUGGCUCAGAGCCUCACCGCCGCGCUCCUGCUCCGUCAGUUUCCUCGGCAGCUGUAGGCGAGAGCUCCCGGAGCGGCGCGCGCGGGGGCCCCUGGAGACGGCGGCGGUGGCGCGGGCAGAGAAAGGACGCGGCGGAUCCCACUCGCACAGCAGCGCACUCGGUGCCCCGCGCAGGGUCGCGAUGCUGCCCAGUUUGGCACUGCUCCUGCUGGCCGCCUGGACGGCUCGGGCGCUGGAGGUACCCACUGAUGGCAAUGCUGGCCUGCUGGCUGAACCCCAGAUCGCCAUGUUCUGUGGCAGACUGAACAUGCACAUGAAUGUCCAGAAUGGGAAGUGGGAUUCAGAUCCAUCAGGGACCAAAACCUGCAUUGAUACCAAGGAAGGCAUCCUGCAGUAUUGCCAAGAAGUCUACCCUGAACUGCAGAUCACCAAUGUGGUAGAAGCCAACCAACCAGUGACCAUCCAGAACUGGUGCAAGCGGGGCCGCAAGCAGUGCAAGACCCAUCCCCACUUUGUGAUUCCCUACCGCUGCUUAGUUGGUGAGUUUGUAAGCGAUGCCCUUCUCGUUCCUGACAAGUGCAAAUUCUUACACCAGGAGAGGAUGGAUGUUUGCGAAACUCAUCUUCACUGGCACACCGUCGCCAAAGAGACGUGCAGUGAGAAGAGCACCAACUUGCAUGACUACGGCAUGUUGCUGCCCUGCGGAAUUGAUAAGUUCCGAGGGGUAGAGUUCGUGUGUUGCCCAUUGGCUGAGGAAAGUGACAAUGUGGAUUCUGCUGACGCGGAGGAGGAUGACUCAGAUGUCUGGUGGGGCGGAGCAGACACAGACUAUGCAGACGGGAGUGAAGACAAAGUAGUAGAAGUAGCAGAGGAGGAAGAAGUGGCUGAGGUGGAAGAAGAAGAAGCCGAUGAUGACGAGGACGAUGAGGAUGGUGAUGAGGUAGAGGAAGAGGCUGAGGAACCCUACGAAGAAGCCGCAGAGAGAACCACCAGCAUCGCCACCACCACCACCACCACCACCACGGAGUCUGUGGAAGAGGUGGUUCGAGAGGUGUGCUCUGAACAAGCCGAGACGGGGCCAUGCCGAGCAAUGAUCUCCCGCUGGUACUUUGAUGUGACUGAAGGGAAGUGUGCCCCAUUCUUUUACGGCGGAUGUGGCGGCAACCGGAACAACUUUGACACAGAAGAGUACUGCAUGGCCGUGUGUGGCAGCGUCAUGUCCCAAAGUUUACGCAAGACUACCCGGGAACCUCUUACCCAAGAUCCUGUUAAACUUCCUACAACAGCAGCCAGUACCCCUGAUGCCGUUGACAAGUACCUUGAGACGCCUGGGGAUGAGAAUGAACACGCCCAUUUCCAGAAAGCCAAAGAGAGACUUGAGGCCAAGCACCGAGAGAGAAUGUCCCAGGUCAUGAGAGAAUGGGAAGAGGCAGAACGUCAGGCAAAGAACUUGCCUAAAGCUGAUAAGAAGGCAGUUAUCCAGCAUUUCCAGGAGAAAGUGGAAUCUUUGGAACAGGAAGCAGCCAACGAGAGACAGCAGCUGGUGGAAACACACAUGGCCAGAGUGGAAGCUAUGCUCAAUGACCGCCGUCGCCUGGCCCUGGAGAACUACAUCACCGCUCUGCAGGCUGUUCCUCCUCGGCCUCGUCACGUGUUCAAUAUGCUGAAGAAGUACGUCCGUGCAGAACAGAAGGACAGACAGCACACCCUAAAGCAUUUCGAGCAUGUACGCAUGGUGGAUCCCAAGAAAGCUGCUCAGAUCCGGUCCCAGGUUAUGACACACCUCCGUGUGAUUUACGAGCGCAUGAAUCAGUCCCUCUCCCUGCUCUACAACGUGCCUGCCGUGGCCGAGGAGAUUCAGGAUGAAGUUGAUGAGCUGCUUCAGAAAGAGCAAAAUUAUUCAGAUGACGUCUUGGCCAACAUGAUUAGUGAACCAAGGAUCAGUUACGGAAACGAUGCUCUCAUGCCAUCUCUGACCGAAACGAAAACUACAGUGGAGCUUCUUCCCGUGAAUGGAGAGUUCAGCCUGGACGAUCUCCAGCCGUGGCAUUCUUUCGGGGCUGACUCUGUGCCAGCCAACACAGAAAACGAAGUUGAGCCUGUUGAUGCCCGCCCUGCUGCUGACCGAGGACUGACCACUCGACCAGGUUCUGGGUUGACAAAUAUCAAGACAGAGGAGAUAUCUGAAGUGAAGAUGGAUGCAGAAUUCCGACAUGACUCAGGUUAUGAAGUUCAUCAUCAAAAAUUGGUGUUCUUUGCCGAAGAUGUGGGUUCAAACAAAGGUGCAAUCAUUGGUCUCAUGGUGGGCGGUGUUGUCAUAGCAACAGUGAUCGUCAUCACCUUGGUGAUGCUGAAGAAGAAACAGUACACAUCCAUUCAUCAUGGUGUGGUGGAGGUUGACGCCGCUGUCACCCCAGAGGAGCGCCACCUGUCCAAGAUGCAGCAGAACGGCUAUGAAAAUCCAACCUACAAGUUCUUCGAGCAGAUGCAGAACUAGACCCCCGCCACAGCAGCCUCUGAAGUUGGACAGCAAAACCAUUGCUUCACUACCCAUCGGUGUCCAUUUAUAGAAUACUGUCGGAAGAAACAAACCCCUCUGUUUUAUGAUUUACUCAUUAUCGCCUUUUGACAGCUGUGCUGUAACACAAGUAGAUGCCUGAACUUGAAUUAAUCCACAAAUCAGUAAUGUAUUCUCUCUCUCUUUACAUUUUGGUCUCUACACUACAUUAUUAAUGGGUUUUGUGUACUGUAAAGAAUUUAGCUGUAUCAAACUAGUGCAUGAAUAGAUUCUCUCCUGAUUAUUUAUCACAUAGCCCCUUAGCCAGUUGUAUAUUAUUCUUGUGGUUUGUGACCCAAUUAAGUCCUACUUUACAUAUGCUUUAAGAAUCGAUGGGGGAUGCUUCAUGUGAACGUGGGAGUUUAGCUGCUUCUCUUGCCUAAGUAUUCCUUUCCUGAUCACUAUGCAUUUUAAAGUUAAACAUUUUUAAGUAUUUCAGAUGCUUUAGAGAGAUUUUUUUUCCAUGAUUGCAUUUUACUGUACAGAUUGCUGCUUCUGCUAUAUUUGUGAUAUAGGAAUUAAGAGGAUACACGUUUCUUUCUUUGUGCCUGUUUUAUGUGCACACAUUAGGCAUUGAGACUUCAAGCUUUUUUUUUUUGUCCACGUAUCUUUGGGUCUUUGAUAAAGAAAAGAAUCCCUGUUCAUUGUAAGCACUUUUACGGGGUGGGUGGGGAGGGGUGCUCUGCUGGUCUUAAAUUACCAAGAAUUCUCCAAAAAAAAAUUUCUGCAGGAUGAUUGUACAGAAUCAUUGCUUAUGACAUGAUCGCUUUCUACACUGUAUUACAUAAAUAAAUUAAAUAAAAUAACCCUGGGCAAGACUUUUCUUUGAAGGAUGACUCCAGACAUUAAACAGUCAAAGUAAUUCUGGGUGGGGAGAGAAGAGGCAGAUUCAAUUUUCUUUAACCAGUCUGAAGUUUUAUUUGUGAUACAACAGAAGAUGAAAAUGGAAGUGGCAAUAUAAGAGAAGGAGGAAGGCGUGCCUGGACAAACCCUUCUUUAAGAUGUGUCUUCAAUUUGUAUAAAAUGGUGUUUUCAUGUAAAUAAAUACAUUCCUGGAGGAGCA